GGUCGUCCCGACUCCGGUUUAGAUCCCGACACUGAAGCCCAGAUCGCGCAAUGGCAGAGUGCUUAUGCUAACAAGGAUGAAACACCAUUCAUGGGUAAAGCACCCCCCCGGCGCGAGGGCAAUCCCGCAUCUGGGGCUAACACGCCGUCCAAUGUUCCAUCGAGUACCCCAACACCAAUGCCUGCGAAUCCGGAGCCCGCAUCCAAAACAGUCGCUCGAGCGGGAGGUGGGCAAACCUGGACAGAUUCCACCCUUUUGGAGUGGGACCCGGCGCAUUUCCGCCUCUUUGUCGGCAAUCUCGCGGGCGAGGUCACCGAUGAUUCGUUACUGAAAGCGUUUGCGAAGUAUACUUCGAUCCAGAAAGCACGGGUGAUUCGCGAUAAACGUACGCAGAAGAGCAAGGGUUAUGGGUUUGUCAGCUUCAGUGAUGGCGAUGACUAUUUCGCAGCUGCCAGGGAAAUGCAGGGCAAAUACAUUGGGUCACACCCGGUUUUACUGCGACGUGCUACGACAGAGGUUCGUCCAGUGUCGAACAACAAGGGUGGGAAGAGGAAUGGAGGAGGCGGUGGUGGAUCCCGAGGAGGAAAGACGAAGCAUGAUGGGGUUAAGAAGCAGGGGAAGACCAAGGGAGGAUUGAAGAUUUUGGGUUGA